GGGAAGUAUUUCUUAUGAUCGUUUUUUAAAUAAAUUUUUUUUGAAUCAACUGCUUGCUGAGUGCAAUUCCUUUCUGCAAAAAUCAGAAGAAAAUGGAAGACCCUCGCCGGAUACACGCCCAACUAAUCAAAACAACAACCACCAACGUCAACCACCGUUUCCACCUCAACAAUCUUCUCAACCAUUACUUCAAAUCCAACCUCAUCUCCGACGCCGUCAAUCUCUUCAACCAAAUCCCAUCCCCAAACGUCGUCUCAUGGACGUCCCUCAUCUCCGGCCACUCCAACUCACUUCCGGCCCUGACCCAUUUCAUUUCCAUGCUCCGUCACCCCACUUUCCCCAACCAGCGCACGUUAGCCAUUGUCUUAAAGACGUGCGCAUCUUUAUCUUCACUUUCAUUUGGUCUCCAGCUUCAUUCUCUAUCCAUCAAACUUUCCCUUUCCUCCCAACCCUUUUCGGCUUCUGCCCUUAUUCAUUUCUAUUCUAAACUUCGCUUUCCAAACAAUGCACGUAAGGUGUUUGAUGAAAUGCCUGACAAAGAUUCUGUUUGUUUUUCGUCCCUUAUUGUCGGGUUAAGUCAGAACUCGAAACCCGUUGAGGCUUUGUGCUGUUUUGCUGAAAUGAGAGGUUUUGGGUUUGUGUCUAGUGAUUACAGUGUUUCUGCUGCAUUACGUUCGUGUGCCGAACUUGCUGCAUUGGAACAAUGUAGGAUGGUUCAUGCUCAUUCGGUGGUGAAUGGUCUUGAUUUGAAUGUCAUUGUUGGGACUGCCUUGGUUGAUGGGUAUGGAAAAUGUGGGAUGGUGGACGAGGCGCGUUUGGUGUUUGAUGAACUCGUGUCGGUUAUGAAUCUUAUUGGGUGGAAUGCUAUGAUGUCUAGCUAUGCUCAACAAGGUGAUAAAGAUUCGGUUUUGGAGUUGUUUUUCAUGAUGGAGUCUCGAGGUCUUGUCCCGGACGGAUAUAGUAUUUUAUCCGUCAUGACAGCUUUUUGUAACGCGGGUUUUGCUGCUGAGACUGAAGAAUGGUUUAGGAAGCUGGAAUUAGAGUAUAGAUUGGAACCAUGGAUUGAGCAUUAUACAUGUUUGGUUGGUGCCUUAGGUAGAGCUGGAAGAUUAGAGGAAGCAAACCGUAUAGCCUUGACAAUGCCAAAGUAUAAACCUGACGCUGCAAUGUGGAGAGUUUUGCUAUCGACUAGUGCACAUCAUGGUAAUGUUGAUAUGGUCAAGGAAAUGAGUCAAAGGUUACAGGAACUUGACCCACAAGACGACUCAGCUUAUGUGAUUGCUGCAAAUGCUUUUUCUGGUGUUGGAAGGUUGGACAAAGUGCAAGAAGUUAGGAAAUUGAUGAGAGAUAGGAAAGUGAAAAAGGAAGGAGGGUUGAGUUGGAUCGAAGUUUGUGGACAAGUUCAUGUCUUUUUGGCAGGAGACCGUCGUCAUGAUAAAACGGAGCAAAUUUAUACGAAGUUAUCUGAGUUAAUGGCGAAGAUACAGCAAUUAGGGUAUGUGCCCAUUUGGGAUCAAAUGUUGCAUGAUGUAGGGAACGUAGAGAAGAUAGAAGCACUUUGGUAUCACAGUGAGAAAUUGGCUUUAGCAUUUGGAUUGGUUGCUGAUGUGGCACCACGAGGGAAGGCAUUGAGGAUUGUUAAGAAUCUACGAAUUUGUAGGGAUUGUCACGAGGCCUUCAAAUACAUCAGUCACGUGGUGGAGAGGGAGAUUAUAGUGAGGGAUGUUAAUAGAUACCAUAGGUUUAUAAAUGGUGGUUGUAACUGUGGAGAUUAUUGGUGAUCUAAGCUUGAGUGGAAGGAUUCUGGUUUCAUUACAUAAGUCAAACAACACGGUGUGUUUGAUCUUCUGUCAGGCUUUCAUGCUGUGGUUGCUGAAAGAUUGUAAGGCCUGGGACAAUGUAGAAAUGCACUUCUGGUAAUGUUGGGUGCAUCCUUUAAUAUUAACACGGGACAACAUGACAAUGGGAUAAUGAGCUCUGCUACCCUCGGGGAGGUAGAAAAGUUAAAAGGAAUGAUAUCUACCUGAUCGGUUGCUUUCUUGCAGCAUUGUUGAAGUUCAUACAAACCAGGAUAUACAUAUUCUCCAUUGCUAAAUGAGCAGCAUGCCAGUCUAAGAGGCAUACCAAAAUCUAGUUGGAAUGUAAAACGUACCUAGCAUUAGUAAAACAUAUUUUUUUGUAUUCGGUUGUGCUACAUUACGUAUUGAAGAAUUGGACAUAUGGGAAUGAAAAUACCUACCUGAAGACGAAGACGAUUAGAUAUAAAACAUAUGGGUUGUUUAAAUGUUGGGUAUAUUAUCAUCUGAGGUAGUCAAUUGUUUAACAGGCCUGGUCAAUUUGAGGUAGUAAUAUAACUGGGAACACAAGAAGAAGAUAAUCUACCAAGAAAGUUACUAUAAAUUUGAAUGCUGGAAGAUUUAAGAAUGUAAAUCACACGCAGCAAAUAUUAUUAAUAAACUGUUGGAUGGCCCCUCCUGCGAUCCGAGUAAUCAAUACAUGGAUAUUAAGGCGUCAAAGUUUGUUUAUCCUUACUUUCUGCUAAGCUAAUAGCAAAUGUCUUUUACUCCCACUUUGUAUCAUUCAGCAUCAGAUACCUGCGUGAUCACAUCUAUGUUUAUAAUUGGAAACUAAUUUUGGAGGCAAAUUUAAGUACUUGUAAUAUGUACAGCGUCAAAUAAGCUUCUAUGAUGGAUUCCAGAAACCAUUAAGUUGUUUGAAGACUGAACACUAAUAAAAAGGCGGUAUAUGUUCAUAUGCGAGGCGCACCCAACCAUCUGUGCAUUUUUUAUUAAACCAGUAAUUAAUUUGGGUGUAGAUGUUCAAAGAUGCAGGCACAUAUAUCCGUCGGCGAAUUGUGCUUUUGCUAGUAGCUUCACUAAUAUCUCUACAGGCUCAUCAAACAGCACGAAAACAGUCAGUUCCAUCGGUCACGUCUAGCUGGAGCGUGUAGCUGUUUCGUAUUUGGGGAAUUAAUUAGGAGUAUGGUUAAAUCUAUAGGUAAUUACUCCUUACCCAAAUGUGAGGGGAAUAAUUUAGACUAGCUAGGUAAAUACACCUUACCCAAAUAUUUAGAUUAAAUCUUUCAUGUACUUUUGUAAAUAA